CAUUUUCAUCAUAAUCGUCGUCCGCCGUCUUCUUCCUCUUUUUCUCUCUCUCUGAAGCAACAAUGGCGGCUCUCUCUUCCACCCUGGUUACGUGGAUGAUGGUGGUCCUCCUGUCGAGCACGUUCAGGGCCAUGUCUUCAUCUGAUCAUCAUCAAGCUUCUUGCGAGACACCAUAUUCUCAUGGAAUAGCAGUUGAUCAGGGAGACAAGGAUUUGAUUCAAUUUGCAGUGAACUUAGAAUUCCUGGAAGCAGAGUUCUUCCUGUUCGGAGCAUUCGGGUACGGGCUCGACAGGGUGGCGCCGGAGAUGCCCAUGGGAGGGCCGCCGCCGGUCGGAGCCCGGAAGGCCAAUCUUGAUCCUCUCACGCAGAACAUUACCACUGAAUUUGCUUACGAAGAAGUUGGCCACCUCAGGGCGAUUAAGUCGACAGUUGGUAUAUUUCCUAGACCCCUGUUGAAUCUAAGUGCCCAAAACUUUGCCAAAAUAUUUGAUGAAGCAAUGGGAUAUCACCUUGAACCGCCGUUUAAUCCAUAUCGCGACAGUCUAAGUUAUAUGAUGGCAUCUUACGUUAUACCUUACAUGGGACUCGUUGGCUAUGUUGGAGCAAACCCCCUUCUCGUCGGUUAUAAAUCCAAACGGCUCUUGGCAGGGUUGCUGGGUGUGGAGUCAGGCCAGGAUGCGGUUAUCCGGACAUACCUCUACGGGAGGGCGGAGGAGGUGCUGCGUCCGUACAACCACACGGUGGCGGAGGUGACCGUAAAAAUCUCGGAGCUGAGGAACAGGCUAGCCAAGUGUGGGAUCAAAGACGAAGGCAUUGUGGUGCCACCGCAACUAGGGGCUGAAAAUCGGUCCGAAACCAACAUUCUGUCCGCGGACUUUGAUUCCAUCUCCUACUCAAGAACUCCGGCGGAGAUUCUGAGGGUUGUAUAUGGCAGCGGCGACGAGCACGUGCCCGGCGGAUUCUACCCUCGUGGAGGCAAUGGAAGGAUCGCUAGAGGAUUCCUUUCAAGGAAUUAAAUUAAAGUAAGUGAACGAUAUAGUUGGUGAAGGACUGAAUAAAUAAUAAUUAUAAUUAUUAUUAUUAUUAUAAAUAAAUAAAACCAAUUCGGUUGAUUGUUACAGUUGUGAUCUCAAUCUGUGACGUAUUAUAAAUAAGUUGAUAUUUCCGGUUCA